CAGCCUGUCCUGAUACUGGACAGAGACACGCUGGAAUACUUUGAGAAAAUAUUCUGGCCGGUCGCGCAACUAGCCUCAGCAGUGAACAAUCUGAGUGUGUUGGGUGUUGUGGCGGCAAAUACACCGCUGCACACCCCCUCCAUGGCUGAAAAGGUUGAAUUUCUGGGUCACACCAUCGGUCAGAUUCAACCUCGUUCUGGGUGAUUGCACUUGCCAUAGUAGGCUCACAUGUGGCUGGGACUCCUCACUCUACAGAGGAAGGACAGAGAGGGCCUCCUGGGAGCUCCCAAAGCUCUGGACGGUCUCUUUGGAUUUAUCUCCUCUGUGACUCAGCACUUCAAGAAGCUGGAAGAAGAGAAGGCGCAGCUGAGCCAUCAUCUGCCACUCGCGCCUUCUUUGAACCAGAGAGGAGAUGAAGUGCUGCAACACCACAGCAGGGAGGAGAGCUUGCAGGUAGGGCAGAAGACCAUCAGCGCCCUAUGCUUCAUGCAUAGCUGAUGCUUCCCACAGAGACACUGCAGCAGCAACCCACCGCAACCCACCUCGGACCAGUCAGUGCAGGGCAUCUCCCCAGGAAACGGUGAUGUGGUGAGCAGUGUUAUAUCCUCACACAGGAAUAAUGACUCAUGCUCACACACUGAUCAAAGCGAGGAUGCUUCGUGUCUGCUUAGUGUCAACACUGUAUCCUGCUGUUCAUGCCGCCCUGCUCAGGACUGGCGUGUACAGCUCACCAUUUGGGGUUUCAUUAGUGCAGCCAGCAGUGUUACUUCCCUCUUAGAGAGUAAUGCCCUGGGCCCGCUCACAGACUGAGGAGAGGAUGUGUUCACAGACCGCUCCAUCAGCUCGGCCCUUUUGGUGCCAGCCCCCCAUGGGUCAAACUUCCAUUUAUGGAAGGUUUGGCAGCAGAGAGGGCUGAAUCAGAAUAUCACAACUUCCUGGUUGCUGCCCCCCAGCUUCCAUCCUCUGACAUAGUUUUAUGGGGAAUGGCGUCACAACUACGUGUUAUCAGAGUGGACGGACAAAACACUGAGAAUGGGUUAUUCUCUCCAGUUCUGCCAUGUUCUGGCAGCAAGGAGAUAAAUCUAUCCUCCCAAGAGGAGAUAGAUUUUCUCUAUGAAGAAAUCCAGGACCUGCUAUUGAAACAGGCUGUCUUGAUCGUCUCCACUCACAACAGACAGAGGGGGCUUUACUAUGUGUACUUCUUGGUUCCCAACAAGACAGAGGUUUCAGACCCAUUUUGGAUCUCCUCAAGCUGAACCAAUGUAUCACAAAAAAGAUGUUCUGCAUGCUGACCAUCAGGAGAUUGCUGGAACUGGUUCAACUGGGCAACUGGUUCACCACCAUUGACCUGAAAGAUGCUUAUUUUCACAUCGAGGUGGAUCAUGGCGGUGGGCCAUCCAGUCAUUCCACUGGGGCUCCUGCACAUGUGCCACCUUCAACAGUGGUUUGCCAACCUGUGCUUGAUCCCAAGAGGCACAAGCACUGCUUGUUGAACAUUCCCCCAUCAGUGCAGGAGGACCUGCGUUAUUGGGGGGUCCCCACAGCAUCUGUCGGCAGAAACACUGCUGGGUCGAGUGACCUCCUACAUAAUGGUGUUCACAGAUGCAUCCCUGAUGUGGUGGGGGGGCCACUGUCUGGGGAGAGAGAUAGGUGGUGUGUGGCUUUCAGGGCAAAGCCGACACAUCAACCUCCUCAAACUUCAGGCUCCUGGUCCUCCAAUACUUCCUCACUCUGGUUCAGGGGAGAAACGUGUGGGUGAGAACAGACAACUGCACCACUGUUGCCUACAUCAACAGGCAAGGCAGAGUCCGCUACGCAGCCCUGUUGAAGAUAACGGAGAACCUGUUGGUGUGGGCCUCAGAACACCUCCUGUGUCUAUCAGACAAGUGUGUGCUGCAUCCUGAAGUGGUGCAGCAGAUUUGGAACCGAUUUGGGAGAGCGGAAGUGAACCUGUUUGCCAGUCAAAAUAACACCCACUGCCUGCCCUGUUCUCCCUGAUGUCGCACGACGAUCUGAGCUAUCACAUUUGCACACACGCCAUGGCCAAGGAGGCUACUUUACGCCUUUCCUCCUCUUCAUCUCAUUCCCCCACUGCUGGAGAGAGUGAGGCAAGAGCAGCUGUCAGCCAUCCUGAUAGCCCGGACCGUCGUUUGGCAUCGUGGUACGCAGAGAUGAUCCAGAUGUUGGCAACCGAGCCCUGGUCCAUCCCGCAAGUGUGGGAGGCUCUGUCCCAGGAGGUGGGCUCGAUAGGCGCACUGCCCACGUUUGGCCAACCUCUCCAGGCUUGGCUGCUGAGAGGGACAGGCUGAUGCAGGCUGGACUGUAUGCACAGGUGGUGCAGACCAUUAAGGUGACGAGAGCAGGAUCCUCUAUUGCUUGCUACAAGGCAGAAUGGUUGGGAUCCCAACGCUGGUGUGAAGAAAAGAGACUGGACCCCCUGUCCCUAUAACUGGCAAGAGGUGGAAUAAAGAGGGGAGGAGACAGCGGAGGAAAUGUAUGAAGACAAUAACAUGAAAUACAUGAGCAAGAGCAAAUCUAGAAAUGCCAACAUGACUUUUCUCCUAUUUACUCCUUUUCUGAGCCCAGUCAUUUAGUUUUAUCGCUAUGUCACCUCUUUUUAUUGUCUUGCAGUAUAGUUUAAUCUUGCACGUACCACCCAUCAGGGCAGGAGAAGAAGUAUUGGCAGGAACUAAGAUGCAUUUAAUUUCAGAUUGAUUUUGUAUUGAGGCAGAAUUCAUUUGUGCUCAUUUAAUGACAUUUCACCAAAGCCAUGUCAACAACCGUUCCACCCUUUAUUCAGCUGUAGAUAUCAACGUACGGUCCAAACUGUGACAUUGACUAUGACGCAAAAAAGAAGAAUUGGGGAUUUAGCAGAGAGGGAAUGCCUUUCUUUGUAUCAUUUUAAUGUGUAGAAUAAUCAAACAGCUAAUUUUAAUAGAUGGGGUUCAGGGAGGGGCAAUGGGAGGUAAUUGCUCAUGAAAUGAUUAUAAUAGAGCUGACAAAUGGCACACCUGUUGCUCUGGGUAUACAAUUCGCCACACUAGAUCCAGGCUAGACUGUCACACUUUGUUAAGUUUUAUGAAUCAAUCACAAUACACAAAUCCUCAGAAAUCUAAGAGAAGGGACACAUUAAGAUUAGAGUUAAACAGCUUCCCAAAACUCUCCACUUGUUUGUCUUAUCUUAAGUGACCUUGGGCCAUUUGAAUUACUUGAAACACUAUUGUAUUUAUAGUAAACAUACUGUAAACACAUACACACACAUCACUGAUAACUUCAUACACAGUAAUCACUUGCUGGCAUUUGAUUGUUUUUCCACCAUCACUCUAGAGAGGAAAAAUUUCAGGUAGUGCACUUGUGUCAUCACUUUUACUUCCUAGCAAAAGGCUUUACAACUAUUAUAAAUACCCACAUCAACACUUCACUUGUGCAGGGUGGGGUGUAUGUUAUAGUCAAGAUACCAACCAGACUUAACAAUUGACCUUGUGAUAUGUGCUUUUUAACCAAGUGAGUUAUGAUUCUGUUUAUAAUGCAAUUUUUCUCUGCAGGAAGCUGACUUGAGACUUUGAUGUUACAUUUGGGCACUUUAAUGGGACUUUUGUCUUUGGUAACAGGAACUGUUGAAUGUUGUCUAUGAGGUAAUGCACCAUUUUCUCUGAACUUAUCGCAUGCCAUUAGCAGGUUUGAUGAGGCAGGUUGGAUGUUAAUUAUAUUUUACACAAACUGAAAUUUUUGCACUUCUGGUUGAUGCAUAUUCUAACAUUGACAUAACAGUUACAUAUAUGUGUUAAAUGUCCAGAACAGCUGCAUACAUGUCUUGGUUCUACUGGCUCCUCACUCAGUGGCCCUCCUCCCUGCUGCUUCUCAGUGUAGUGGGCAGACAGAUGGGGCUAGAGGUGGUUCAGGCGAUAGUGUGUCCUCGGUGGGGUACACCGAGCAAAAAAGGCCUCUCGCAGGAUGGAGAUGUGAUUAUCGGUGGACUCUUUAAUCUGUAUUACAUACCCUCAGCUAUACAGCAGGUCUUCACCAAGCUGCCACAUUCUAAACCUUGCACUGGUUUAGAUCUUGUGUCACUAAAAUAUAUGUACGCUAUGACGUUUGCGGUGGAGGAAAUCAAUCGUAACAGUACCCUGCUACCAGGAGUGAAGCUGGGCUAUCGUAUACUUGAUAGCUGUAGCCGAUACCCCUGGUCUUUGCAAGCUGCACUGUCACUGGUUGGAGGAGACACAAGCAGCUGCAUCUUAACAGCCCCUGUGCUUCAAUCUGCAGCUUAUGAACAACCUGGAGAGACAACAGGUGGUCAGCCUGUUCCCUUGCUUAUUGGCGCUGCCUCAUCUACAACAGCCAUAAUGCUGUCUAGUAUCCUGGGGCCUCUCUCUGUACCAGUUAUCAGCUACUUGGCGAGCUGCCCAUGUCUUAGUGACAGGCCCAAGUUUCCUAACUUCUUCAGAACAAUCCCCAGUGAUAUUUACCAAGCCCGGGCCAUUGCACAACUGGCCAUACGCUUCAAGUGGACUUGGAUUGGAGCAGUACUAGUAAACAAUGAUUAUGGUCAAUUGGCAAUACAGACAUUUCAGGAAGAGAUUCGAGGGAAAGGGGUAUGUUUGGAAUUCAUAGAGACUGUCCGCAGAGAAACUAUUGUGCGUGAUGCCAGACGUGCAGCAAACACAAUUCAAGCUUCAACUGCGAGGGUGAUUCUGAUCUUUUGCUGGUAUACAGAUGUAAAGAACUUAUUUCUGGAACUGGCUGAGAGAAAUGUGACUGACAGACAGUUUCUGGCCAGUGAGGCUUGGAGCACCAGCAGUGAUCUUCUCCAAGAUCUUACCAUCUCUAAGGUGGCAAAUGGAGUUCUUGGUGUGGCCAUUCGAAGUUCAACUGUACCUGGAUUUGAGCAGUAUCUCAAACGUUUGCACCCAAAUCAUCGUCCUGAUGAUGAAUUCUUAAGAUAUUUCUGGGAAAAAGAGUUUGCAUGCAGCCCUAGAGCUACACAGUCACAUGUAAAACCUUUCUCCUCAUAUUCCUCUUUACCACUGAAAACACGAUUUGACUAUCCAUCAAAUGUUUCCUCUUCAUCUCCUGAAAAGAGGUCUCUUCAGAAAGCCUCACUACCGACCUGCAAUGGGACAGAGUCCCUGGAGGGGAUGCAGCAUCUCUUUACCGACACCUCCCAGCUACGAGUGGCAUACAAUGUCUACCUUGCUGUUUAUGCUGCAGCCCACGCACUUCACAGCCUUCUCUCCUGUCCCAACAGAGACAGCCCUCUCAGAAACAACAGCUCCACCUGCUCCUCUCCAAAACACAUUAAACCCAUAGAGCUGUUACAGCACUUGAGCAAAGUGAACGUCACCACUCCACAGGGGGAAAUGUUUUAUUUCCAAGGGGCCGACAUUCCAGCAAAGUAUGAUCUUGUCAACUGGCAGAACACUCCUGAAGGGCCACUAAAGCUAGUUUUGAUUGGUCGCAUGGACGGGUUUGAUCUGCAUCUUAAUGAGUCAGCUAUUCAGUGGAGCACAGGAUCCAAUCAGGUGCCUAUUUCAGUGUGCAGUGAGAGCUGCCCCCCAGGUACCCGAAAGGCCAACAGGAAAGGGGAACCUGUCUGCUGCUUUGACUGUAUCCCAUGUGCUGAAGGGGAGAUUAAUAACAAAACUGGUUCCCUUCAGUGUGAGCGUUGUCCAUCAGAGUUUUGGUCCAAUGCUAACCAAACUGCCUGCAUGCCUCGCCAACUGGACUUUCUUUCCUUUAAUGAAACCUUGGGCAUUACUCUGACCACAGCAGCUGUGUGUGGUGCCAUUGUGACAACAGCUGUCUCUGUGGUUUUUAUUUCCUACCGUCAAACACCUAUGGUACGAGCCAACAAUUCAGAACUGAGCUUCCUGCUUCUUCUGUCGCUGAAACUCUGCUUCCUGUGCUCACUGGUGUUCAUUGGUCGUCCAUCAGUCUGGUCUUGUCGGUUCCAGCAGGCAGCAUUUGGGGUCAGUUUUGUACUUUGUGUUUCCUGCCUCCUGGUCAAGACCAUAGUGGUUCUGGCUGUUUUCCGCUCAGCUCGGCCCGGUGCUGAAAGCUUGAUGAAGUGGUUUGGUCCAGGCCAACAGAGAGGAAGUGUCUGCCUCUUCACCUGUAUACAGGUUAUCAUCUGUGUCAUAUGGCUGUCUCUCAGUCCCCCUGUGCCUCAACGUGAUCUGGGUUUCCAAGGGUCAAAGGUCACUCUGGAGUGUGCCAUGACCUCUGUGGUGGGCUUCUCUCUGGUUCUGGGUUACAUUGGCCUGCUGGCCUGCACCUGCCUCAUCUUGGCCUUUCUUGCAAGGAAACUCCCCGACAACUUCAAUGAGGCCAAACUGAUCACCUUCAGCAUGCUGAUCUUCUGUGCUGUCUGGGUGACCUUUGUCCCUGCUUAUGUUAGCUCCCCUGGGAAAUAUGUUGUUGCUGUGGAAAUUUUUGCAAUUCUGGCCUCAAGCUAUGGUUUAUUGUUCUGCAUUUUUGCUCCAAAAUGUUUCAUCAUACUUUUGAAGCCUGAGAAAAACACUAAGAAACACCUGAUGGCCAGAUAGUGUUUCUGGCUUGAAUGUGAGCAUAUGACUGUGAUAUUUGUCCGGUGGAGACAAUGCCCCUCCCCACUACCCAUCCUGUAUAGUCAUUUGGUGGACAAUAGUACAAAGUUGCCCCAAACCGGUACAUGUGUAUUUGUUACAUCAAUUCCUUUCAUCUAAAUAACACUAAUUAUUGAUGUCCUUAGCUGUAUGAAGUUAAAAAUGUCUCAGGCACACAUAUUGUAGUUAUGGCUUUCAUUAGUAUUAACUAAGAAUGUUUCUGCUGUUGUAGACGUUGUUAAAUGCAAAUAUAACAUUACUAAUCAACCAUUGAAGUAAAAUACACGUUUAAAUAAAGUGCUGCUCACUAAAAAUGUGAUCAAUUUAUUUAGUAUUAAUGUGCUCAAUUAUUCUAUUUUGCAAUGUGACUGUUCUGCAUCCAGUUUAAACAUUAA